GUCCGCCCGACAAUGGCUAACUUGGCAUGCAGGAACCUAGACGUAUUUUCGUACUCACCAUACACCACGAUAUCCAAAAUACCUCACUAUACAGUAUGCCUAUUAAUAUUCUUAUCGUUGGUGCUGGCAUCGGUGGAAUAGCGCUGGCUAUUCUCCUUCAAAAAAGCGACCCACGACAUAGAAUAACGAUUGUCGAACGUCAUGCCUCGCUCCGCGCUUCAGGCCAACAAAUCGAUAUUAAGAAUCAAGCCGUCGAUAUCCUAAAGAAAUUGGAGCUGUUAGAAGCCAUCAAAGCCCGCUGCGUUUCUGAAACCGGGUUGGAAGUGUUGAGCGCUACAGGAAAACCCAUAGCAGAGUUUGGCAUUAGCCCAGCCGGCGAACAGCGUCUGACUCUAACCUCCGAGUAUGAGAUUAUGCGAGGGGAUAUAAUUAACGUUCUAUACACAGCCAGCUGUGAACAAAAUGCCCGAAUCCAGGAAAGUCCUGAAGAGCAUGGUGGAUUUCUGCGGUAUGAAUUUGACAAUACCAUCACCGGCCUCACCCAAGACAACGCGAGUGUCGGCGUAACAUUCGCCAAAGGUAUGGAUCGCUCCUACGAUCUCGUCAUCGGGGCAGAUGGUCAAGGGUCAGCGACGCGUCGGCUAGCAUUUGGCCCGGAUAUUCGGUUCAAAACCUGCAUGCCACUUGGGGUUCACGCUGCAUAUUACAGCAUCCCAUCAGAAGCAGGCGAUGGUACCCUGGCACGCACAUACAGUGCUACUAAGAGCCGAAUGAUUUUCACAAGAUCCAGCAAUCGACCUGUCACACAAGUGCUUCUAUUUACGAUGCAGGGCACGGCAAAACUACAAGACAUAUACAAAGAGCCUAUGGAAGCUCAGAAGAAGGCGUUUGCAGACGUUUUCCGAGGGGCAGGUUGGAAUAUGAAGCGGCUUCUUGACGGCUUGGAGAAGUCCAAUGACUUUUAUGCAAACGAUUUGGUUCAAAUCAAGAUGGAUAAGCUAUAUACUGGCAGAGUUGCCUUGCUGGGGGAUGCUGGGCACUGCCCAAGCCCGUUUACUGGUAUGGGCACUGCAGGAGCCAUUAUUGGAGCGUACGUCUUGGCCGGCGAGCUGGCUCGGCAUACCAACAGCAGUGACAGCCACGAUAUAUCCAAGGCCCUUUAUUCGUACGAUUCGAAUAUGCGAAAACCGAUACAGCAGUGUCAAAAGCUAUCCCCCGUCCCGCUUCGUCUUUUGUUUCCCUCUACAAGGCUAGGGGUGUGGAUGCUACAAAACGUUGCGUGGUUCAUGUCCAAGGUUGCGCCGGCCAUCCAGAAUGGGUCUGGGAGUGAUCAAGGUGAUGGCAAAGGCAACAGCAGCUCAUGGGAUCUCCCUGAUUAUCCCGAGCUUCUGCUGAAAGACCACUUGUAGGCUUGAAAACGCGUGCAUUGCAACACGCCUAUAGGACUACCUAGACGCCAGAGGCUGUGUAGAAGAUGGGGAAAAUUUGUAAAAUAGUACUUAAAUAGAACAAAUAUAUCGC